CUUGUUGCAUCAGUGCCAAAUCUGCAAUCAUCUUAAAAAUUCCGCGCGUUUAUUUGUUGGUUCAAUCACAGAUUCAGCAGAUUACUCGAGAAAGAAAUCCGGAAAAAAUGGGGUCUCUUUCUCUCUCAUUCACCGACCCGCAAGAUCAAGAAAUUAACAUAUCUUCGCAGAAAUUGGACAAUGCCCAUUUGCUCAAUCUCUUCAAAUGCCAACAAAAUUACCUCAACCAUUUCUUCCAGAAUCUCGACAUAUCCCAAACCCUAGCAUUCACGGAGACUCUAUUGAAGGCUGAGGGCACCAUCUUCUUCUCCGGCGUCGGGAAAUCGGGCUUCGUGGCGCAGAAAAUCGCGCAGACGCUGGUCUCUCUCGGGAUCAAAUCGGCGUUCCUGUCCCCGGUCGACGCGCUCCACGGCGAUAUCGGCAUUCUGUCGGCAGUGGAUUUGCUCGUUUUGUUCAGCAAGAGCGGGAAUUCGGAGGAGCUGCUGAAGCUGGUGCCUUGCGCCAAGGCGAAAAGGGUUUAUUUGAUCUCGGUGACGUCGGUGACGCCGAAUGGACUCACGCGGCUCUGCGAUUUGAAUGUGCAUUUGCCGCUGGAGAGGGAAUUGUGCCCCUUCGAUCUGGCGCCGGUGACGUCGACGGCGAUCCAGAUGGUUUUUGGGGAUACGGUGGCGAUCGCGCUUAUGGGGGCCAGGAAUUUGAGCAAGGAGGAGUAUGCGUCGAAUCAUCCUGCUGGGAGGAUUGGGAAGAGCUUGAUUUUUAAGGUGAAGGAUGUUAUGAAGAAGAAAGACGAGCUUCCAGUGUGCAGGGAGCAAGAUCUGAUCAUGGAUCUGCUUGUAGAGCUGACCAGUAAAGGUUGUGGGUGCCUUCUUGUUAUAAACGAUGAGUAUCAUCUACUAGGUACUUUCACUGAUGGUGACUUGCGGCGCACAUUGAAAGCCAGUGGCGAGGGGAUCUUCAAGCUCACUGUGGGAGAGACGUGUAGCAGGAAGCCAAGGACCAUUGGCCCAGAAGCCAUGGCUGUGGAGGCAAUGCAGAAGAUGGAGUCUCCACCAUCACCGGUGCAGUUCUUGCCCGUCAUUAAUGACGAUAAUGUCGUGAUCGGUAUCGUUACGUUGCAUGGGUUGGUCUCUGCUGGCCUGUGAUUCUUCCUGGCAGUCGGCAUCAACCUUCAACUCCUCCAUUUAUUACUCCCUAUUCAUUAUUAUUCUUUGUAUUCUUUCCCAAUGAAGAAGAGUGCUGCGACGGCAAUGGCGAUGGCGAUGAUUGUGCUGGUUGAAACCUUGAUGCUUGAGAUUGUGUUCAAAUAAAGAUUGCCAUAAUGUUUAGAUAUUUGCCAGUGUUGUGAUGUUGUAAUGUAUGGUAAUAUCUCUAGUGUUAGUAAAGUAGCAAAAGGGGUUUGAAAAAUGUAGUUAAAAUGAAUGCUUUUGUGCUAUAAUUGAGCCAACCUCUUCCCUUUGCUAACCAUUUUCUUAUCAUUUAAUUGCUAGCUUUUGUAAUGUCUAAAAUUAUUAAGAUUUUGUUGACAUGGUUUCA